CCGGCUUCGGGUUAUGUAAAAUUAUACAAUAAAAAGAGCUGAAUACGUUUGCCUUCCAAAUCCACCAAGCGUAUCGUAACUGCAUUCCUUCAUCAGUGCCGAAUCAAACACGCCCGCUCUCCUCUCAACAUCCCUUCACUGAGCAACAAACCUUCGCAUACCUCAGGAAUUAUUUCGACAUUUUGACAGUUAGUUAUAUUGUUCUGCCUUGAUUGGCCGUACAUGGCACCCGACAACCAAGCGCACUCGCCCUCAACAUUAACCAGGCUUAGCAACGAUCUACAGCCGCAGAAAGUGCUAAAGAAAGCCAAAAUGUUUGUUGUCAAGAUUCGAAGGGCACAGCCCAUCGGUUCAGCAGACUCCACUUUCGUUCAAGCCAAACGCAAAUCUCUUUCCCCAGAGUUUUUGCCGCCCCGGCCAACCCGAAUACGAUUUCAGCAAAAAAGCACACAGACCGGCGAGGACACCAGCACACCGCUGAAUCCUGUUCAAUCCGAUCGGAUUAUCGAUGACACAUUUUCGCACGCAAAUUACGAGCCAACUGCCAACCGGGAGGGUGUGUGCGCUGAAACCCAGACAGACGAUGACGUCAACAGGCCGCGUAUCCGUCUGAUCAAUCCGUCACCUCCCCCGUCGACUGUACCGUCACAUUCACCGGGCCCCAGUUUUGUGGUAGUGAAAACAACCAAACGCAGGAGACCAACGAUUAAGAGAGUGCGCAGUCAGCGCAACUGUAAUGAGGUCUUCGAUGGUAUUGAGCCGACAACCGUUGACAAUUUCCUUAAUACAGUGAAAUUAACACGAACUGAUGCGGUAGAAGAAGCUACCAAUAAGCGCCACAAACCAGAGUCCGCAUCGAGGCCGAUUGCUACAGAAAACAUCUGCAAGGUUAAGAAGAAACAACCGGUUAAAAAGCAGGUCACUAUUGUGGCACCGGAUAUUAUACCUUCGUCAGCAGAAGAAGACAUCAGGAGCACAGUAAUAAAGAGAAACCGAGCAUCGCCGAGGAAGGUUAGCGCAGCUCCGCUACGCCGUUGCCUGGUGCCCGGGUGUCAUACUGAAUUAAAACUUCCCCGUCCAUCCGGAAUGCGCUACCACGGCUUACCCAAUGACGCUGGAUUGCGACGAGCAUACCUGCGAUUGUGCGGGCGAGACCAGAAGAUUUCCGUAUCGGGAUUCGUCUGCGGCAAGCACUUUAUCGCGACUGAUUAUGAACCAAACGGAGUGCUCAAGAAAAAUGCAUUACCCUCCGUUAACUUGUCCGAACCCGGAAAGUUCUGCAGCGCACCGGAAAUCGUAGUCAAGGCUGCUCCCGAGUUUAGCGACUUAGAUGGAAGAAUUUACAUCACGUGGAAUCAACUAGCUUCUCCCAUUUUCCGGCCGCCGUUGACCGCCAGUGACGAUUGCUCGAACUGGGUUCCGUGUGCUAGUCUAGCAGACUGCAUUCAGUUCGUUCGUCUGCGAGUGCGCCCUGCGGGUAUUAAGGAGUACACGCUGCAGUACUCGGUGGUGGAUAUGAUACAAAUCUUUCGUGAUUUAUCGGUUUACCUUUGGAGCGAUGAUCGACUGGUACCCCGUGAGCGUUAUAUAGGGAAACUAAAAGAAUUCUCAGAGCGGGAAUUGCUAGUCAUGCAACUUGAGAGGUUGUUUCGGUUUGAUUUUGCAUCGCAUGACUUGCACGACAACGCAGGGAUAUGACCCCAGAAAUCAUUUACGGAAGUUUUUACCAUAUCAUCUUGCAUUUUUUACUGCAGACAUUUCGUUUCCGGUGAUGAGAUUUCUGGAAUUCUUGAGAAGCUACCAAAACAGUGAUAUCAAUUUUUGAAUUUAGAAACUGUACAGUGUACACGCACAUUAGAAGCAUGGACUUCAUACUCUACUGAGUUACUGAGUAUGCUGUUGAGAAACUCAUUAGAAUUUUGUUCUGAGUGGUUGCCAACAUCCUGUAAACUGUUCAUCACUACUAUCAGUGGGUGUGUUUCUGAACAUACUUGCCUGGAAACACCAAAGCAAGCAGUUCAGUAGUUGUGUCGAAAUUUCCAGUUUCCGAACUUUCCGUUCGGUAUACUACGACCGUAUGACGCGAUGGCAGCAUUGGGAGCAAAUUCGGCCAAAUCUUUCAGGAAACUCAAGAAAUCCGAUCGACACCAAACGUUGACUGCGGUCGUAUAUAGGAGACUACAGGAUUCUAUCAGCUCCGGUCCUGAUUAAUUUUAGAAAUCAUCAGACUGUUUUCAUUCCACGGCCCACGCUGAUUAGACCGCGGACACUCUACUGGCCGGUUGUACCGUCGGCGCCAAAUCCAUUUGUGCAUGUCGCGGAGUAUGUAACGGCAUUUUAGGGUGUUUCACUGUGCAUUUCGGCGCGCAAAGCAUGAGACAGGUCCAAAUUGAAGUCGAAAAAAGUUAGACUGCCCCUUCGGCACUGGACAACGAUGAACUUUGUGGGCCAACAAAGGUCAUAUCGUACUUAUCGUUCCUUUGCAGCUGUGGCUGAUUUCUAGCUCAUCGUCGAUUGGCACAGCGUGCAUUACGCAAUCCCAAAACACUGUCCACGUAUCUGGAUUUUACGAUACGCAGCGGUACUUGAU